AUGCUCGCUGUUGUCUCUGUCCUAUUUUUCUACACGGCAUCCGUUGCAGCCGCUCUUUCUACCAAGCAGGCCCUGACCGCAGGCAUCACACCCCAUGUCGAGUAUUCCUCUUCAGUCGGCGUUAUUGGCUGCAAGAUAAACACCAGUCGUGUAGCCUACUGGCCCGACGACGUCGACUGCAAUGACAUCUGCGUUGAAGUGUCUUAUGGCGGCCGCAGCGUCCACCUACUCAAGAUCGAUAAGUCCACUGGUGCACAUGAUGUCUCCUACGACGCUUGGAACUAUCUCGUAUAUGGAAAGUCUGCCAAGGAGGAACCACACAUGGGAGGCGCGGUCGAAAUGCAAUACCAAUUCGUUCCUGCAGACCGCUGCAAACCACUCCUUUUUGACGGAAAGUUACCCUUGUCUGCCCCCAACAGUAUGGGCUACGUGGGCCACUGUUUGAUGGAAGAGAACAGCUGGGUUGCCAGAAAUUACGAGCUCAUUAACAUUUUCGACUCCACAUGUCACCUGGGCUGGAACGAGGUUUGCACACUCGACAUGGAUGUUAGCAAACAGCCGGCGUGCCCAAACACCUUGGGUGAAGCUCUUCCGCUCGCUGGUCUUGCGGUGACAAACAUUGAGUAUGGAACUGGCAAGGACAUCAAGGCUUAG